AAAAUAUAUUGAUGAAUUUGGAGAAUAUUUGUUUCAAUACCGGUUUAUUGAAAUUUGUUUUGUUGGUGGGUUUUAAACAUGCAAUUGAGGGUGGAAGUAAAUUAAGUUAAAACAGUGAAAAUAUGUGUCCCAAAUUCCCAUCAACAGGCCAUCAACAUGGUUUUCAGCCAGUCUUGACAAAAAAUAUAAGUCUAAACAUUUUUCCUUCAGACGUAGAUAGUCAACACAUUGAGAAAUUCUCAAAUGUAUGUGUUGAGGUAUUUUGUUUGAUUAAUGGAAAACGCUUUGAUAAUUUGAAAUUUUAAAAAUGUCCCAAUAUAUAUGAAUUCACUUCAUAGCAUUACAAGCUAAUACGAUUUUGUAAACACAGGUUUAGUUUGCAAUCAAUUAAUUAAUUGAUUCAUUAAUCAAUUAAUCAAUUAUUACAACAAUCUUUUGAAUGAUUAAAUAGAUAAAUCUGUGUGUUAUGUUUAAAAGAAUGUAAUGUCCCUUAACUAUUCACCCAUCCAUCGAUUUUUCAUACCACUUAUCCUACGCAGGGCAGCCUGGAGCCUAUUCCAGGGAACUUAGGGCACAAGACGGUGGACAGCUUAGACAUCACAGGGCACAAUCGCACACACUACGGACAAUUUGGAAAUGUCAAUCAGCCUUCUUCUUUGGACUGGGGGAGGAAACCAGAGUAACCAGAGGAAACUCCCAAAGCACCCGAACCCCGAAGGUGCAAUGCAAACGUGCUAACUACUAAGCCACCGUUCAUCCUUGUCCUUUAACUUAUGUUUAUGUACCCAGGGUAACACGAUAUGAAGACAAUCCUUUCUUUUUUUUAAGAAAAAUAAAUAAAUAACAGAAGUCUGUCAUUUAUGUUAUUUUCCACAGAAUCCCAAACGACUCACUUCUCCCUAUAUAAAUGCACUAUGUAGGGUGUACAAUAAUGGCAAGUGCACGCUUUCUAGUGCACUUGUUUCCAGCAAGGAGCCAUUCUGUAUUUGGGCUUUUUUUCAUUUUUGUCAAUGAGGCGUGAGGGUUUGUGCAUUACUUCCGUUCUCCGCUGGGUGGCGACAGAAGACAUAGAAAACUGAGCUCCAUUGAAGAGUGGUGGAGUCGUUGAGACACAGCUCAGUACCGUCAUUUGCCACCGCAGGCCACAACAACGCCGAGCAGCGUAAAGCUGAGUAAAGCUGAGUAGAGUAGAGUAGAGCAGAGCAGGGCAGGCGGAGGAAUGUUUCCUUAAAAAAAGAAAGAAAGAAAGAAAGAAAGAAAUCACUUCCACAUCAACGUGUUUACUUUGGGCAGGCGGACAUGUAGGGAAAGUCAGGUAUGUAGUAGCCGUGAGGUCGAUAUCCGGGCUGUGAAGAAGACGCGAAGUAUUUUAGUGUUGUUUUUUUUUUGUUUGUUGAGAGGAAUCAUUAAACUUAAUAAGCGACUGACAGAGAAGCCAGAGAGAGAGAGAGAGAGAGAGAGAGAGAGAGAGAGUUGCAGCUCUACAAACCGUUCAGCUGGAAGAAAUAUGAUUCAGCGAUGAAAAGUAGGCAUGGCUGUUUUCUCCUUGACUUCGAGUGUGACUCCAGUCCAGGCACUAACUUCCAGAGAAGGCAGCUGAGGAAGCAAGCUCCUCGCUGGGCCGUAAUGACGAGGAGACAAGUGAAGAAGUGACAAGGAAGAGGGAGGAAGAAGAUGGGAGCCAAUGUUUCCAGCUACCCACACUCAUGCUCUCCACGCUUUGGUGGAAACACACAGGCUCAGCAGACCUUCGUUGGAACGUCAUUGUACACGCAGCAGAGUUACACAUGGGAGCCAAAGCUCUACAGCCUGGAGCAUGGAGGCCAUGACCGCAUUCCCGAGCGGAAGAAGAGGAGCUCUGGCCUGGCCACACUCAAGCGCCGCUUCAUCCGCCGCCGCAGGGCGAGCCGCUCAGCCGACCAUGCCCGGCACAUGCGUGAAUUGCUCUCAGGCUGGCAUGUAUGUGAUGCCAAUGCCCUAGUGGAGGAGUAUGAGGGCACAGCUGCGCUCAAAGAGCUGAACCUGGCCACAAGCCUGGCCCGGCCUGAAGCUGCCACUCUGCGAUCCUGCAUGGCUGCUCUCUUCCAGCACAAACACUGUGCCGACGUGGACCUGCUCUUUCAGGAUGCAUGCUUCCCUGCCCACCGUGCUAUCCUGGCUGCCCGCUGCCCUUUCUUCAAGAGCUUGCUAUCAUCUACAGGCUCAGCCAAUUCAAGCUACAACGGACCAGAGGUGCUACUUGAUGUCGGCACAGCAGGAAUGGAUGUCAUGAUGUUCUCUGCCUUGCUACAUUUCUUGUACACGGGUGAGCUGGGAGGCGCCAACAGAGAGGCGGAAACCCGGUUGAGGAACGUGGAUGUCCUCAGGCAGCUGAGUGAGGAGUUUGGCAUGCCUAACCCUCUGGAAGAAGACAUGAGGAUGCUCUUUCACUCCAUGUGCUAUUAUGACUCUGUGCUCAGCUUCUGCUCUGAGCCUGAGAGUGUAGAAGCUUGUGACGCUGUAGGAGGGAUUAGUGGUGGUGGGAUUGCUGGUGUUAGCAUUGUAAAAAACGACCAUUCGGCAUCUUCAGAGGAGGACCUGAGAGCCCACAAGGCCGUGCUCUCGGCACGCUCUCCUUUCUUCCGGAACCUUCUGCAGCGUCGUGUCCGAACUGGUGAAGAGCUAACCGAGAGAACACUACAAACGCCUACACUCAUUGUCCUGGAUGAGUCAAUCAUCCCACGGAAGUAUGCUCGUGUCAUCCUGCACUGCAUGUACACAGAUGUCGUAGACCUAGCAUUAGUGAUGCGUGGCAGUCCUUCAAUGGGCAGUCUGAGUGAGACACAAUCCCUGGGGACGAGUAAUAAUUCUGGCAAGGGUGCUGUUCCCACACGCACAGAGGAAGCCAUGGAGCUCUACCACAUUGCCCUGUUUCUGGAGUUCAAUAUGUUGGCCCAAGGUUGUGAGGAUAUAAUUGUGGAGAGCAUCUCUUUGGAGUCGCUGAUCGCCAUUCUGAAGUGGAGCUCUCAGCCAUAUGGCUCAAAAUGGGUCCACAGACAGGCCAUGCAUUUCCUGUGUGAGGAGUUCAGCCAAGUCAUGACCUCAGAUGUGCUCUAUGAGCUCACCAAGGAUCAACUGCUUACAGCCAUUCAGUCAGACUACCUGCAGGCGAGCGAGCAGGACAUUUUGAAGUAUGUGAUUAAGUGGGGCGAGCACCAGCUCAUUAGGAGGAUGGCUGACCGAGAGCCAAAUCUACUGAGCGGUACGGCUCAUAGUGUGAACAAGCGUGGAGUGAAGAGGAGAGAUCUGGAUAUAGAAGAACUGAAGGAGAUUUUGUCUCCUCUGCUGCCUUACAUCCGCAUGGAGCACAUUCUCCCAGCCAAUAGUGACGUCCUUGGUGACGCAAUGAAGCGUGGCUUGAUCAGCACUCCUCCCUCAGACAUGCUGCCCACAGCAGAGGGAGGCAAAGCAAAUGCCUGGCUUAGGCAGAAAAACACAGGCAUUUAUGUGCGUCCACGUCUCUUCUCUCCCUACGUGGAGGAGGCAAAGGCAGUCCUUGAGGAGAUGAUGGUGGAACAGACCGAUCUGGUACGGCUGAGAAUGGUGCGCAUGUCUAAUGUGCCCGACACCUUGUACAUGGUCAAGAACGCCGUGCCCCAGUGCUGUCACAUCAUAAACCACCAGCAAAUCACUGGCAACCAAACCACCGCCCCAUCCGUCGUGGCCAACGAAAUACCAGUGCCCAGCUUGGCAGUGGUUAGAGAAAUGAUUUCCAGGCUACAGGAGCUCAGACACACAGAUCAGGUCCAGAGAGCCUAUGCUCUGAACUGUGGGGAGGGAGCCACAGUGAGCUAUGAGCUUCAGCUCCGUGUUCUCCGAGAGUUCGGCCUGCCAGACGGAGCUGCAGAGUUGCUGCAGAACCCACACAAGUUCUUUCCAGAGGAGCGUUUUGGAGAUGAGAGUCCUCUCCUUAGUCUGAGAGCAGUCGGACGUUGCAGAGUAAAUAGCUCCCCUGCUAUGGACACCAUGUUUACGGAAUUGGAGAGCCUCGGGAGUCUUAACCCCCCUCUCCCUCCUCCACCUCCCCCAUAUCAUGCCAUGUCUGCUCAGGCCCAGCACAGAGUAGCCUGGGGAUCCAGGGUGGCAGUGCCACCCCCCUCUCGCUCCUUCUCCUACCCCUGUAACCACACACUACUCCAGCAGAGAGGCUCCUCCAUGCCCAAAUCCAGCAACCCAGCGCACCAAGCUCCUGACUACAGCAUGGCUCAGAGCAUGGGAAAAACACUCAACACAGAGUCAUGUGGGAGUGUGGAACCUCGGAUUAAUGAUUAUAUGCCAGACAUCGCUCUCGGAGUGUCCACCAUAACUUUGUCAGAGCACAGCAAAGCUCAGGACACCACUCUUCAUUCUCUUCCCAACAUGGUCUCUGCUGUUCCCCACUACCCACCUGGACCGUGCCCCAGUGGACGAUAUUCUCUCACUCAACUGUCCCACAAGAGACAUGUCCCCAAACAAAAAGCAGAGCCUCCAUCUGAAUAUCCAGACCUUUAUGACUUGCCCAAGCAAGACACUCUUGUAUCUAGCCUUCCUCCUCAGGCCACCUACAUGGCUCCAGACUUGUAUGGACAGCGCAGAGGGCCAUGCAAUAACAUAACCCUCUCAUGUCUCCCUGACACUUUGUCAGUUCACAUCCAGGCAAGGCUAGGACAGCCAUCUGACUCCCUUCAUUUGGAUGUCUUGGGUCAAAGGUUGGAUUUGGACCAUACCUCCUCUGGAGUCUCCUCAGUUGGGGGAGCAUUUGUGCCCAGUGGGCACUCAAUAAAUGACUCUGACCUGACAUGUGGUCUUGGACCUUCAAAAGGAGGUGCGGAGUCCUAUGAGGAGCACAGCUCAGUUUCAGAUGGGACCGGGGACAUAAGGGAGGCCUCUGGAGGAGCUGGACACCACAGGAAUGGUAGUGAAGAAACAGGAAUAGGCCUGGAUCACAGGUCACCCAAUAAGCCAGAGUACCAGUAUAAGAAAUCUGCACUUUAAUUCAGAUAAUGAAAAGACACUGACUUGGAAAAAGACUGUUAAAAACGUAAGUCUAUUAAACAAGUGCUGAGUUUCAGUGUAAUCUUGCAGGUAGCUACACCUCACUUCCAUUACAGCUUGUUAGAAAGGACUAUAACAACUUCCUUUCAGAAAGUUGUGAAAUUUUUAGCAAGCGAAUUAAUGGAUUUUCAUAAGGGUUCGCAUUUGUGUAUGUAGUAAUGCAGAGGGUUUUGUGUCUCUACUUUAUUUUAAUGGAUUCGUCUGAGUUUGUGACUGAUAUUUUAACUGAUGAAGGUAACAUCAAUAAAAUAUGCCUCCUAUUAAAAAUGGGAAUCAAAUCAGCUCCUAGAUGAAUGCUAAAAAAACCCGCACAAAACACUGCCAGUCAAUAAUUUGGACAAAUUGUAUGAAACAACAAAUUGAAUUACACAGUAAUCAAGAAAAGUGUUCAACAAAUCAAAACUAGUUUGUAUAUGAAAUUAAGUGUUGCUGAUUGAAGCAUUGCACAUUCUUGGCAAUUUUUCAACUAACUACAUAAGGGAGAUUUCCAAAUAAGCUGAGCACUUCUUGUAGGCUGAUUCUCUUAAAUGGAAACUUGUAUGGGGAAACAACAUGAUUUUCAUUAAAAACAACUUGUUUGUGGAUAAAAAGGAUUGUAUUUAAAAUACAGUUUGAUUUAGAAAUACAUUUAUAUUUGGGCAUUAACUUAACUAUAUACAUUUCUUUGAAACAAAUAUCAACCAUAAGCCUUCAUCAAAAGCUUUUUGAAUGUAUAUUUUUCAUUGUCUUAAUCAUUGUGUCCAAACUUUUGUAUUUAUUAUAUACCAGCAAAGAACUCAUUUUCUUUUAUGCCUCUAACGAGUAUAUUUAGAAUAGAUCAGUUGUGUGUGCUGUAGACAAGGACACAUUUUUCUACUUUUUCUUAUAGUGGGCUGGACAAAUACAGAUGGUUGACAAAUUAAAAGUAACAUGAAUUGUGUUGGGCCCCACCACAAGCCACUAAAACAGCUUUAAUGCACAUUGGCAUGGCUCCUACAAGUCUCUGGAUCUGUACUGGAAGGAUGAACAACUCUUUAUUUUUCUCUAAAAGAUACUCCCUCAAUUGGUGUUUUGAUGAUGAUGGUGGUCAAGAGUGCUUUAUAGUGAUUCCUCGUUCUAAGAGGGUGAAUGGACCCAAAUCAUGUCAGCACAGCACAAUAUAAUACGCCCCCCCUCCUCAAAAUAGUUUGUCACCCAUCUGCAUGUACUCUACAUGAAAUUUUGUGGGUAUGAAUGGGGCACACUUUUAGAUAUAUCCAUUAUUCAUCUGCGAGCUGAUUAUUUAGAAAAAAAAAUUGGGGGCCAGGCUUUUAAUGAAAAUUAGUGUACCAUGAGAACUUGCAUAAAAUUUUGUAAAGGUACUAAGAAAAUAUCAAACAUUUUGAUUUUGAUCAAACAUUUCUAUUAUAAGCAUAAUGUCAUGCCUCAUAAAAUCCAAACCUUCAUUUUGCCACAGGCUAAAAGUCUUUGUGGAUACUGGCAAGUGUUUUGUUAACCUUUUUUUUCUUUUUUUUUAAUCAAUCAUAAUAUCCUCCAAGAAUCCCAUAAAACGUCAAAACAUCAGCCAUUGUUCUUGUUAAUAUAAAGAUACACAUGUUCUAAAAACACUAAGUGACAGCACAAUCGUUGAGCAGGAGAACUGGAUUUGAAAUUCAUAGCUCUGGUGGUUUUAACAGUAUCCUACAACUUUAUUGGUGUGCAUAUUUAAGAAAUGUAGUGAUUGUUUUUAUACCAUUUCACACCCUUCUUAAGUACAUAUUUAAAUAAGAUGCUUAUAGUAUCUACAAUCAAUCAAGACUGUUAAAUAUUUACAUUAGCACCAGCCUUGAGAAUGAUUAAUCCAUGUACUGUAGAAAACAUGAACAUGCUCUGGUUCACCUCCUCCUCCUCCUCCUCCUCCUCACAUCCAGUGGCCUUAGCUGUGGAUUUUGAGCUCAGAAACCAAGAAAUUAGUGUAAGCCAUUAUGUAUUUUCCAUGGAAUUAAUCUGAUGAGUCUUUUGGUCCAAGUUUUACUGAGCUCAUGUUUAGUGAAUAAUGUACAUUUGUAGAGGCAAGUUUUUGAAGUGUGCAUUACCCUAGAUCUCCUUCACUCCAUUUUGUAAUUUUUACAGUGCCACCUUGUGGUACAGAAGCAUGCCAGGAAAUUUUGUAAUAGUGCACAUUUUUAUUUAUUUAUUUUUGGCCUGGCAGUUACUGAAAGGUCUGCUCACAAAUAAGCUUACAUUUUUCACAUAAAAUCUAAAUAGAAAAUGAUUCACCAGUAUAGCAUUUAAUAUGUUCCUCAUUAAACUGGAUAUUGAUUACUGAUGAUACAUGUAUGCAAUGUGGCAAUAGAGGAUUUUGUAGCUAUAUUUUCAAUGCUUGAUCCAAAGUGACACUCCAUAAUUCACAUUUUAUACACAGCAUUUUCUAGGAUUUAGGAAUUACCACAAUCCUUAUUUGGCUGCAUAACUGUCAACAGGUUUUAAAGAGUAAACACGUGUGACUUGGAUACAGUGUGAAAAGUCAAUAUUUUGUGUACUGUGGAAAAAAACUUUAACACAGUAAAACGCUGCUAAUGUACUCUAAAGUUCUGUUUUGCUGCUCAUCAGUGAACUUUAGUAGCAGAACAAGAGUUUGCAUUUGUAUCCAUUUCACAAUACACGUGCAUUUGUUAGAGAAAUGUUUUGUUUUUUUUCCUUCAAAUUGUCCUAAUAAUGAGAUCAGAGGGCUUCUGGGUUCAUUACUGCAUCUAUUUAACACCUGAGAGUGUGCCUUGCAUGUGCAGAGGCCAAGUAUUUUAUUAAAUUGGUGACUUUGGCCUAUGCAAGCCUUCUUAGGAGCCUAUUUAUCCAUCUGCCAGUUUCUAAAUGGUCUGUACUGCCUCAUGUACAUCUUUUGAAAAAUAAUAUUUUUAAACUCUUAGGUACCUUUAACUUUGAUUUGUGUUGUGGUUUGAUACGAUUGUUUCUUACGAUUAUGUUGAUUGUACUUAAACUUUUAAUAUGAUUGCAUUUCUUGUAAUGAAUUUACCAGUUAUAUUUUUCUACUGUUACCUCAGAGAGGGUAAAUAACAGUGACCAGCUUUGCAGCUAGAAAGCAUCCUUAGAAUAAACUUGCUUCAAUA